GGCUGCCUAGAGCGCAGAAGUAACGCGGUUAUUACAUGUCAACAUGUCCCUUCUCAGAGUCUGUGCCUUUGUCAAAUGUCUCAAUCGUCGCAGUUUAUUGGAAAAAGGAGCCGUUCGCGUGUCUCUCGCGGACCGAUGUCAUCUGUGUGCGUCGCUAAGAAACGGAGGAGUCAGACGGAUAUCAGAGACACCCUCGCAGCUUCAAAGAAGUAAAGUUUCUUAUGUACUCCCAAAGAGAGAAGAUACAAAGAAACGUGUCCUGGAACAGUCUCAGCUGUUAGACGUGCUUGAGGCCAGAAUCCAUCAACUCCAAUCAGACACCGUAAUAAAUGUCCAGCAUGCAAAGGUUCAAUUUAUCAAAGCCCCCUCUUCUGGAAGAGGGGCUUUAUCUGGCAACGGUCCGAAAAUCACACAUAAGGAGAAAACUGACAUUCCUAAACCAGGACAGACUGCUGCUAAAGGAGCUUCUACAACUCAUCUGAGCCGCUGGACGGCAAAAUUAACUCGGGAGGAGAAAAGAUUUCAGAAGAAUGUGAAGCAAAAACCUGCAGCCAAAUCCAAAGCUAGCAAAAGGGACUCCAUGGCCCCUGGUACAUCACACCAAACUAUAUCUGCCACUGGUAAAAAGAGCAAAGUGAAACUGUCUGAUCAGAAACGUGCUGCAGUUUUUCAAGCUCCCUCCACUGCUGCAGCGGGGACAACAGUCACAGCACAUAAUGUAUCUAAAGGGACACAGAAGGGGUCUCAAAAUCAGGUCUGGGGUGAAGAGGGCCACAUGAAGACUGGCACUGAUGCACAGGACUGGGCUAAUCCGGAGUGGAGGCUCAGUCAGCAAGACAGCCAGUCGACUUCUUCAAAUAAACCAAAGUGCCUACAGGAGGAGGGGGAGCCUUCAUGCCAGGACAUCCAGCUGAGCAUCCAGUCUUUUCUAGAGGCCUGUGUGUUUAAUGGGGACUUUGAGAGGGCGCACAAUUUUCUACUCGGUCAGCACAAAUCGUUGAGACGACGUAAACAUCUGAACACAAACGUCUAUAACAUCAUGAUGAAGAUGAUGGCCAAGAGGGGCACAUUAAGUCAGAUUGGCCGCGUAUUUCUGCUCUUAGACUUGGCUGGUCUGAAGCCAAAUGCGGGAUCCUACUGUUCUGCCCUGGAGUGGAUGGGCCGCCAGCCAAACUGCCACCCAAAGGUCAUCACAAGGUGCCUGCAACAGAUGGAGGAGGACGGCCUGUCUGUAGACGACCUGUUCACCCAGUGUGUGUUCCGGCAAGAUGAGAGAGACAUGGUGCUAAAGGCCAUACGCAUUGUCCAGCCUGACUACCAGCCCAGCCUUCACUUCAACACCAGCCAGAGCUUAUCUACCCUGGUGGAGGACUACUACACAAAGAGGGUGGACCACCGUUACCCCAAAGUGGAUUUCACUAGGGAGGAGCUUCAGGAGCGUUUUAAACGUCAGCUCAGCUUGGAGCAGGCGUGCAUCGUCACCAUCGACUCUGUGGAAGCUGCCAAGCCCAUCACUGAGAACAUGGCCAGAAUGAGGGAGCUGCUGGAGGAGCAGCGGGCCCAGUGGAGGAAGGUCCUCCUCCAGGCCCUGAAGGAGAGUAAGAUGAUCCUCGCUAAAGCCAACAACAAGGUCCACAGGCUCAACCUCUACCCCCUCCUCUGUGUGCUGGAGGAUAGAGAGUAUGUUGACAUCAUGUUGCAGAGCAUCGCCACCCUGCCUCCCGCUGGAGACUCACUGAAGAACAUAGCCAACAUUCUGGGCAACAGUGUGUACACCAAGUACUGUGUGCGGCAGAAGCACCAAAAUCAAAUGGUGGAAAAGUUGGGCAACAUAUACAACGCUUACACAGACCUGCUGGCCAAAGAUACAAAGGAGUACGACGUCCUCCCCAGCGAGCAGUGGUGUAAGCUGGAGGCGGAGCACAGUUCAGGCCCCACGCUGCAGGGGGUCGAGACCCACUGGCCGUACGCAGUAACGGUGGAGCUGGGCACGUACAUGAUGGAGUUGAUGGUCAAAAACCUCAAAAUUAAUAGCGACAUCCUGAACCCGGCUUUUGACAGGAAGCGCAUCCCCAUCAUCUACCACAUGUACACCUUCAGAGACACCCGGCAGAUCGGCGUCAUCAAGCCCCACCCCAUCCUGGUCCAGAUCCAGCAGGAGGCCGUGGAGGCCAAGUUGACCUUUGACUCCUCUGCGAUGCCGAUGCUGUGCCCUCCCGUGCCCUGGACUUCUGUCAAGUUUGGAGCCUACCUGCUGACCCCCACCAAGCUGAUGCGCUCAGUGGAAGGGGCCACGCAACACGAGGUGUUGCUGGAGAAAUGCGAGAACCUCCGAGCGGUCCUGGACUCUCUCAACCAGCUGGGGAGCUGCGCCUGGACUGUCAACAAACCCUUGUUGGAUAUUAUUAUCUCCAUCUUUAAUGAUCGGGGGAGUGAUAAGCUAGACAUCCCUCCUCCUCUCACAGAGGCCCCCAAAAUACUCCACUUUAAUCCCCAAGAUCCCACUUAUACUGCCUCUGAGAAGGCCCAGAUGAAGAAGAAGAUGGUUGCUGCCAAAAAGAAGUACAAUGAGAUGCUCAGCCUGCGUAUUACUGCUUUAUAUAAACUCUCCAUCGCUAAUCACAUGCGGGACGAGAUCUUCUGGUUCCCUCACAACAUGGACUUCCGAGGACGGACCUACCCCUGUCCUCCGUACUUUAACCACCUAGGAAGUGAUGUCACACGGGCUCUGCUUUUGUUUGCAGAGGGGAAGCCCCUCGGCCCGAAGGGACUGGACUGGCUAAAGAUCCACUUCGUCAAUCUGACGGGACUGAAGAAGAGGAGCUCAAUAGAGGGACGGCUGGAGUACGCUAACAGUACUAUGGAGGACAUCCUGGACUCUGCAGACAACCCUCUCACUGGUAAGAAGUGGUGGAUGGAAGCAGACGAGCCUUGGCAGGCGUUGGCCUGCUGCAUGGAGAUCGCCAAGGCUGUGAGAUCUCCAGACCCAACUCAGUUCAUCUCUCAUUUUCCUGUCCACCAGGACGGCUCCUGUAAUGGUCUCCAGCACUAUGCUGCUCUAGGCAGAGAUGUUAUUGGUGCCACAUCAGUCAACCUGGCGCCCUGUGACGUCCCCCAGGACGUGUACACCGGAGUAGCACAGCAGGUGGAGGAGUACCGAGCACGGGAUGCAAAAAGCGGUGUGAAGAUCGCCAAGGUCCUGGAGGGCUUCAUCAGCAGGAAGGUGGUGAAGCAGACGGUGAUGACUGUGGUUUACGGGGUCACGCGAUACGGGGGACGCCUCCAGAUCGAGAAGAGGCUGAAGGAGAUUGAUGAGUUCCCAACGGAGUUUGUAUGGGAUGCAUCUCAUUACCUGGUGGAGAUGGUGUUCAGCAGCUUAAAGGAGAUGUUUACAGGGACCAGAGAGAUCCAGGAUUGGCUGACAGAAAGCGCCAGACUCAUCUCCAAAUCUGGCCACACGGUGCAGUGGGUGACGCCGCUGGGUUUACCCAUAAUUCAGCCCUACCACCACACACGCACCGUGAUGCUGAAGAGUAACAUGCAACACUUCAGCGUCCAGAUCAGCCACGACAACAAAGAGAUGCCAGACACAGUUAAACAGAAGAAUGCCUUUCCUCCAAACUUCAUCCACUCUCUGGAUUCAACACACAUGAUGCUGACUUCACUCCACUGCUACAGUGCUGGCCUGACAUUUGUCUCGGUUCAUGACUGUUUCUGGACCCACGCCAUCACCGUGGACACCAUGAAUAAGAUCUGUCGGGAGCAGUUUGUGGCUCUGCACAGCCAGCCGAUCCUCCAGGACCUGUCCACCUUCCUGCUGAACAAAUACCGCCACGCCCCCCCGACGCAGGCCAAGAACAAGAACAAGAAGUUCCAGAAGGCCCAUAACGACAAGAAGCUGAUGUUGCAGCUGGCCAAAGUGCCCCAGACAGGUGAUUUUGAUCUCCAGCAGGUGAAAGAAUCCACUUUUUUCUUCAGCUGAGGCUGAUGAGGGGAUCCAGUGGAGGGAGAUGAUGGAUCUGACAGCCUGCUGCAGGGAGCCUGAAGCCCCCCGAGUCUCCCUCAGACAUCAGGACAUUGAUCCAGCAGCCAGCUUCCUGGUCCUCAGGCUGCUGGAGCUGCUGGACCCGCCUGAUUAACUGACUAGUGGGCUGAUGGAGGGACGGGCGGGAUCCUCAUCCUGGAGAAAUGAUGAGAAAUCAGCAAUGGAUGGGAAUGUUAAGGCUCCAAUCAGUGAACAGUACCUCUUAGAAUGGACGAUUAGACCAUAUUCAGGUAUAUAUAUAUAUAUAUAUAUAUAUAUAUAUAUAUAUAUAUAUAUAUAUGCGUGUAUACAGGAGCCAUGCAGACUUCAUCACUCAGCAACACUGAUGCUGCUCGAUAAACUUUCACCUGAAACAGUAAUUGCUAGUGAUUGGAGCGCUGACUCUCCCAGCUAAUCAUCGAUCCCAUCACCCGCUGGAUGGCAGGAUGCUCUCUGACAGAAACAUUUUCUGAAUAAGUUUAAAGAAGAGGUGUUUUAGAGAAAAUUAAGGAUGAAGUGAAAGAAGAGUGAGUCAGGAAGAUGUUGGAUAUACACUACCGGUCAAAAGUUUUAGAACACACCAACUUUUCCAGAAUUUAAUUGAAAAUGAUGCAGUUUAAUGUCUCAGUGUACUCUGAAAUUAAUGCACAUUUGCAACAUUUUAAAUUAAUUAUUGAGCAUGAUAGUGUUUGAAAGUAAAAAAAAGAUUCAAAAUCACAUUUUAUGUUGGACUAAAGGACUAAAAAAAGACACAAAAUGACCAAAAAAAGACACAAAAUGACAAAAAAAUAAGAGACAAAAUGACCAAAAAAAGACACAAAAUGACUUACAAAGACAUGAAAAGAAUUCAAAAAUAGCCCAAGACUCCAUAGAGUUAAGUUGUUAACCCAUUUCUUGUUCCCUGAAAAAGGCCUACUUGUAUAAUUCUGAAAUGUACAUUAUUUUCCAGUUUUGGUUAAGCUUACCUUUUUUUAUUUACCUCUGGCAGUUCACCACUUACCUUUGGACCCUUUCAAGCUGUUCAUUUGACUGGAACUGCUUGAAUUUCAAUAAAAAACUGGAAAAAUUGGGCUGUUCUAAAACUUUUGACCGGUAGUGUAUCUUUAAUCUCCAUUCGUACCUUCUCGGAAUGACUAAGCAUCUGACAAUAACCUAAAAAUAAAUGUGUUUCUUAAAA